CUCUCCGCUCCCUCCCCGUCCCUGAGUUCGUGGGACCACACUUUCUUUCAAGACGAGAUCCAGCACCCGGUCCGCCAUUCUCCAACCCACGACAGGAACAAAGACGCACUCCUGGGCCGCCAUCAUGUUCAACGAGACGGUCGCCAACCUCACGUGCCCCGUCGAGGGCAACGCGGACCUCUACGGGCUGGGCAUCCGGAUCGGCAUCUACAUCCAGAUGCUGACGGUGCAGCUGUCGGGCGUGCUCAGCGACAUGUACCCCUCGGUCGAGGACCACAUCGGCCAGGGCACCAUUGUCUUUGUCAUGUCGGCGGCCAUUGUGCUGGUGCGGCUGCUCAACGCGACCGUCAGCGGGCAGCACGACGCGAACAACAACAACCUCUUGGACCGGCCGCUGCAGCCCGUCGAGGUGUUCCCCGUGCUGACGCUGCUGCUGCUCCAGAUGCAGGUCUGCAGGGUGUCGCCGGCCAAGAGCAAGACGGUCAUGCUCAUCUGGAUGGCCGAGCUCGUCGGCCUGACGGUGCUGUUCGGCUGGUUCUGGUGGCACGGCAUGGACCUCCUCCCGCGGUCGUGCCCGGACGACAAGGCCUUCUUCUUCGCCAAGGUGAGCAUCUGGAACUGGUUCCGCACCUUUAACAAGGUGGGUUCGGUGCUCGCGGCCGUGGGCACGGGGAUUACCAUUGUCAUGUACGGCGGAGUCGUGAUUGUCAGCGUAUGCCGAUCCGUCUUUCUGUUCUUCUUCGCGCGGCGGCAGCAGCAGCAGGGAAACGGGCCGUCGUCUUCGUCAUCGCCGUCGGAGAAGACGGACGACGACAACAGCAACGGGCAACGAGACGCGUGGAACCCGCAGACGGCCUCGCUCGACGUCUUCGUCAACGUCAGCGCCAUCGUCUACGUCGAGGUGUCGCUCCGGUGGAACGACAUCCAGGGCGUGCACUCGCUCAACAGCCCCGGCCAGUUCAUGCCCUUUGUCAUCGCCCUGGGCCAGCUCUUGAGCGUCUUCUUCACGGCCUCCAAGGCCGUCAUGCAGAAGGCCGCCGACGAGGACGACAACGCCUUUGACCGGGAAGACGGUGCGUAACAAUACCCAUCUUAUUUGCUACUAGCAGCGGCCUCAUCGGGGAUAAUGAUGCUGUCCCCCCGCCUUCCCCUCCCC